AAAUUCUUAACAAACUUGCUUCUUCUUUGCGGUCUUUCUUGACUGCUCUUGUGAAAGGAUUGACUUCGCCAAACCAUCAAAGAACUGAAACUGGGUUAUUGAGUUUAGCUUCAAAGAGCAUUGGAACUGCAUUGGCUACAAGUCAAUUGUUAUGGACACUGCCUUACUCUAUUCCAGCAUCUGGUAUUAAUCAAGGGAAAGGUGUUGAGGGAAGCAAGUUGUCUCACAGUCCAUGGCUGCUUGAUACAUGGCAGAGCUAUUGCAGUUUACUGGAGUAUUUUGUAAAUUCUUCUUUGCUUCUAUCUCCAAACUCUGCAUCCCAGGCUCAGCUACUUGUUCAGCCUGUUGCAGUUGGUUUAUCAAUUGGGUUAUUUCCUGUUCCAAGAGACCCAGAGGUGUUUGUCCGUAUGCUGCAGUCUCAGGUUCUGGAUGUAAUACUUCCUGUCUGGAACCACUCUAUGUUUCCAAAGUGUAAUCCGGGUUUCAUUGCCUCUAUUGUUUCGCUUGUUACUCAUGUAUACUGUGGUGUUGGAGAUGUGAAGUGCAAUCGCAAUGGUGGGUCAGGAAGUACAAACCAACGCUAUAUAGCACCCCCACCUGAUGAAGCUACUAUUGCCACAAUUGUGGAGAUGGGUUUUAGCAGGGCAAGAGCAGAGGAAGCACUGAGACGGGUGGAAACAAAUAGUGUUGAGACGGCCAUGGAAUGGAGGAUGAUGAAUUGGCACGGGGCACUUGCUUUGUCACUAGGAAGUUCAUCGGAGACAUCUAAAGUUGAAAGCAUUGAUAAGUCCAUCGAUACCCUCAAAGACGAUGGACGAACAAAGGAACCCCCUGUGGAUGACAUUCUUGCUGCAACGAUGAAAUUGUUUCAGAGUAGUGACUGGAUGGCUUUUCCUUUGACUGAUUUGUUUGUUACGCUUUGCAGUCAGAACAAAGGUGAAGAUCGCCCAAGAGUGAUCUCUUAUCUUAUUCAGGAGCUAAAGCUUUGCCCAUUGGAAUUUUCUAAGGAUGCCAGUGCUUUGUGUAUGAUAUCGCAUACUUUAGCAUUGCUUCUUUCUGAAGAUGGAAGUACGCGAGAGAUCGUUGCAAAGAAUGGUAUUGCCAAUGUAGCCAUCGAUAUUCUGAUGAACUUCAAAGCAAGAACUGAGUCAGGAAAUGAGCUAGUGGUACCAAAAUGUGUUAGUGCUCUACUACUUAUCUUGGAUAAUUUGUUGCAAUCCAGGCCUAGAAUAUCUGCUGAUAUUACAGAGGGAACUCCUGGGGGACCUUUACCUGACUCAUCUGGGGAGCAUGUUUCAUUGUCUGUUUCAGAAGCAGUAAAAGAGAGAAAUCCAACUCCAGCAGCCCAUGAUAAAGACUCUGAUACUUCAUUUGAGAGAAUUUUUUGGAAACUCUACUGGCUAUUUGACUGUUGA